AUGGUGUGGUGUAAGCAUUGUGCGAAGAAUGUUCCCAAAAUUCGCCCCUUCGACGGUGGUUUGGCAUGUGAUUUAUGUGGGAGGAUUUUGGAAAACUUCAAUUUUUCUACUGAUGUUACCUUCGUUAAGAAUGCCGCUGGACAGGUAUGUAAUAUAGUGACGAGUGUUGGGAAUUCAAGCUCACGUGAUAGGAGAAGGAGAAAAGCUAUAGAUGAGUUAAGGAAUUUGAAAGAUGCCUUAGGAAUCGGUGAUGAGAGAGAUGAUGUGGUUGACAUGGCUGCCGUAUUCUAUGAAGCGGCAAUGGACCAAAACUUCACCAAAGGGCGCAGAGCUGAACUUGUACAGUCUUCCUGUCUCUAUUUGGCUUGCAGCUACCUUCGAGUUAGCGUUUACGAGUUAGGUUCCGUGUACUUGCAACUCUGUGAAAUGCUGUACCUUGUGCAAAACAAGAACUAUGAGGAGCUUGUUGAUCCUUCAAUCUUCAUUCCUCGAUUCACAAACAGCUUAUUGAAAGGUGCACACGCUAAAGCAAAAGAUGUCGCAAACACGGCUAAAAACAUUAUAUCUAGUAUGAAGAGAGAUUGGAUACAGACAGGCCGGAAACCAAGUGGAAUAUGUGGAGCAGCAAUUUACAUGGCUGCACUUUCUCAUGGUAUCAUGUACUCUAGGGCAGACAUUGCAAAAGUUGUGCAUAUGUGUGAAGCAACAAUAACCAAAAGAUUGAAUGAAUUUGCUAAUACCGAGGCUGGAAGUUUAACUGUUGAUGAGCUUGAUGAAAGCGAAGAGAUAUUGCGUAAAGAAACUUUUACCCCAAGACCAAAUUCUGACAAAGGAGUAGUGAACUGUAAACAUAAGGAUUUAAAACGCUUUGGUUAUGGAUUAUGUAAGAGCUGUCACGACGAUUUCAUUAUAAUUUCUGGUGGAGUUGUUGGUGGGUCGGAUCCUCCUGCUUAUCAGCGAGCAGAGAAAGAGAGAAUGGAAAAAGCAGCUAGAGAAGAAAACGAGGGAGGAAUUGGUAACUUAAACCACGAUGAACAAGUUAAUGUAAGCAAAAGGGCAAAAAAAUGUUCGGAGAAAGGCGAAGGAGAAACAUAUGGGGGUGAAAGACAUGCUGAAUAUUCGGAUGAAUCAGACAUCUGUUCGGACGACGAUGAUUCUGAGGUGGAACAUGUUCUUCUCGGUGAGGACGAAACGCGGUUGAAGACAACGGCCUGGAAUUUACAAAACAAAGACUAUCUUGAGGAGCAAGCAGAAAAGGAAGCAGCUCUGAAGGCUGCUAAUUGCCCCGAAGAUGCAAGAAACCUUGUGGAAGCUUCUAAAGCAGCUGUGGCGAAUUCUAGAAAGGAAAAGCGACGAAAACGUGCUGAGGAAGCUAAGAAUGCACCUCCAUCAGCUACAGCCACGGAAGCAUCUUAUACAGAGACUCAGCGGGUUAAUCAACACCAUGUUUUGGACGAGCUCUUGGAUACUAGCCCAACACAGAAGAAACCGAGAACCGAGACAGUAACGGAGAAGAAGAAGGAAGAGCAUGAGAUUGUUGAAGAUGAAGAAGAUGAAGAAGACUACGCAGCACCACACGCAGAUGAGAACUUCUAUGAAGACGAAGUGGAAGAGGAAGAGAAUGGUUAUGAUUUUGGAUUGUAUUAAUCAUACUAUUACUAUUCACUGCGAGGUCGAUAGUUUUAGUUUUGUCACAACAUGGAUUCACACCUAACACGAUUCAUGUUUCGGCGAAACAAUAGUUUUAGUGUUUAGUGUGCCUAUGAUGAUAUAUAACAAGGAGCAAAGCCCAACACAGGCCCAGUAGUAAAAGAAGAGCAUUCAAACACAACAAAGGCAAUGAAGAAGCAAAAUGCUGUUUACAAGAUUGAUUGAUGAUGAUGACGACGAUGUCAAUGCAUCCAAAACUCUGUCAAAAGAAAGUCAUUCAUCCUCCUCACAGUGACAUCAUCCAAAACCUAAUCUCAUAUCAUCUAAACCAUAGAGCAAACCAUAAUCCUCUGUCUCCUAAUACAUAAAGGCCAAAAUCAACGAGAAGAGGUGUGGUGUGUGUUUCAGUGUUUGUUCUUGAUCUUAACACCAAGCUCACCUGCAAUGAUAACAGUAGAAGCCAUAUCCAGAAACAUCCCAUGUUCCACUACUCCCGGUAGCCUCAGAAUCGCAUCACUCACUGCUCCCAAAUCUCCCAUAUCCUCUUCCACAUGCAUAUCCACUAUGUAAUUCCCAUUGUCUGUCACAAAGGCCUUCCCUUUCUCUC